CCUGCUUUCUCGCCCAGUGGUGCAUGGGAGUUGUAGUUCCUCCGGAAAUCCGGAGCGGGUGACAGGAAGGGAAGGGAGAGCAGCAGGGAGAGAGCUCAGCCAUGAUUCGUUUUAUCCUGAUACAGAAUCGUGCCGGUAAGACUCGCCUGGCUAAGUGGUACAUGCAAUUUGACGAUGAUGAGAAGCAGAAGCUGAUUGAAGAGGUCCAUGCGGUGGUUACGGUCAGGGAUGCCAAGCACACCAACUUUGUGGAGUUCAGGAAUUUUAAGAUCAUCUACCGACGAUAUGCCGGGCUGUACUUCUGUAUCUGUGUGGAUGUGACGGAUAAUAACCUGGCUUACCUGGAGGCUAUCCACAACUUUGUAGAGGUAUUAAAUGAAUAUUUCCACAAUGUAUGCGAGUUAGAUCUGGUGUUUAAUUUCUAUAAGGUUUAUACAGUGGUAGACGAGAUGUUUCUAGCUGGUGAAAUUCGAGAAACCAGUCAGACAAAAGUUCUGAAACAACUGCUGAUGUUACAGUCCCUGGAAUAAGAUGGACUCUUGUCAAUGCUGUGCCCUGUGUACAUAGAUCUAUAUGGCAUCCAUUAUAUCACUACAUUCCUAGCCAGAAAGAGCAGUCUCUCUCUCUCUGCAAUUAUAACCCCCCUGUAUCCAGAGCUGUCUUUAAUCUACCCUCUCUACCAUAACAUCGAGGUAUAAGUAUUCCGCCCGAUUCUGUAUCAGUCAUGUCCUUCCUAACCUGUCCAUCCAGCCAUGACUAUAUAAUGCCCCAUUCUGUCCCUCUCUCUAACUGCUCCUCUCCCCUUCCUAGCAUCUCCCGCUCUGGACCAAUCAUGUUCUACCAUCUUUUUUGUAUACCUUAGUUGUGAUACAAUAAAUCGUUAAUGUGUGAACUCGACAA